UCCUUCCGCCGUCAGCCGGAGGCGCGGCCCAGACUAGCGCCGGGUGUGCGUCGCUGACUGGGGGUUUCUGGGUAACGGCCCCGGCCGGCUGGAGCUGCUGGCUCCGCGCAGCGGGUUCCACUCAACGCCAAGUCCGUUGGCAGUGGCGGUUGUAGGUCUGGGGGCAGCUGGACAUGGAGCAACCGUGGCCGCCGCCGGGACCCUGGAGCCUGCCUCGGGCCGAGGGUGAAGCUGAGGAAGAGAGUGACUUGGACGUGUCCCCCGGUUCUCCCCGCUGCCCGCAGUUGCCGGACGGCGGCGUCCAGAUGUAUAGCCAUGGGAUUGAACUAGCUUGCCAAAAGCAGAAAGAGUUUGUGAAGAGCUCUGUGGCGUGCAAAUGGAAUCUUGCUGAAGCUCAGCAGAAACUUGGUAGCUUAGCACUGCAUAACUCUGAGUCUUUGGACCAGGAACACGCCAAAGCACAAACAGCAAUAUCAGAACUGCGGCAACGGGAAGAGGAAUGGCGACAGAAAGAAGAGGCUCUAGUACAAAGAGAAAGGAUGUGUCUAUGGAGUAUGGAUGCCAUUAGCAAGGAUGUUUUUAAUAAGAGUUUUAUUAAUCAAGAUAAAAGAAAUGAAACAGAAGAUGAAGAUAAGUCAAAAUCAUUUAUGCAGAAAUAUGAGCAAAAAAUCAGACAUUUUGGUAUGUUGAGUCGAUGGGAUGAUAGUCAGAGAUUUUUGUCAGACCAUCCCUACCUUGUAUGUGAAGAAACUGCUAAAUAUCUUAUUUUAUGGUGUUUUCACCUAGAAGCUGAGCAGAAAGGGGCUCUAAUGGAACAAAUAGCACAUCAAGCUGUUGUAAUGCAGUUUAUUAUGGAAAUGGCCAAAAAUUGUAAUGUGGAUCCAAGAGGGUGUUUUCGUUUAUUUUUCCAGAAAGCCAAAGCAGAGGAAGAAGGUUAUUUUGAAGCAUUCAAAAAUGAACUUGAAGCUUUCAAGUCAAGAGUAAGACUUUAUUCUCAAUCACAAAGUUUUCAGCCUAUGACAGUUCAGAAUCAUGUUCCCCAUUCUGGUGUUGGAUCUAUAGGUAUAUUAGAAUCCUUACCACAGAAUCCAGAUUAUCUUCAGUAUUCUAUCAGUACAGCUCUCUGCAGUUUAAACUCAGUGGUAUAUAAAGAAGAUGAUGAACCCAAAAUGAUGGACACUGUAUAAUUUGGUUAAGACUGCUGAGGCCAAGUGUUAUUUUGUUAUAAGAAAGGAAGAACUUGGCUAUUCUCUUGACACUUUUAUGGGUGCUGCACUUUAUUUUUGUUUGGUUUUUGAUGGGAGGGAAAAGAGUACUGAAAUGUUUUGUAACUUUUUUUUAAUGUGCUGCUAGGUUUUUUGUUUUAUUGUUUUUUUCUGAAGAGGAGUGGUACCAUAUGUUGCAGGAAGUCAAACUGGACUCUUUUGGGGGCUACUAAAUUUGCCUUUAAUCUUACUGUUCUCAAUUUUGGAAUCAAAGUAUGAAAGUCUGCACAAAUGCAAUGUUUACAAGAACUGCUUGAUUCUAGGAGGCAUCUGCUACAGUCUCUUUUUAUAUAGAUAUGUACAUGUCCUACUCUACAAAAAUGAUUAAAGAUAAAAAUGUACUUGUAUCCCACUGCUAAUUUAGCUGUCAAAUCUGGUGUUUCAUUAUAUUAAAAGCAAUAAAUCAGUA